AUGGCGGCGAACAGAGCAGGAAAGUCUGCUGUUGUACUAUCAUCUGUUCCUCUCCAGCUCCUGCUCUACCUGACAGCUCUUUACUACGUCUUGUACUUCCUCUCCACACUCUGCAUGAUCAUCUACAAGAGUCGUGUGAUGAGCUACCCUGAUGACCUCCUAACCCAGGACGUAGGUCUGCUUUUCUUUAUGGCUUGUCUGGAGCUGCUCCGACUCUACUGUGGUGUGAGGGGUAACCUGCAGGAGACGGAGGGUUAUAUGUGGGCCAACCUGGCCAUGACGGUGGCUACGGCCCUGCUGUCCGUCUACUUCCUGGUAUGGCAGCUGUACGUGAUGCACGCCGACGUCAUCAUCAACGCCGUACUGCUCAGUGUUUACGGACUGGGAGGGGUCCUAGGUCUGGCCACGCUGGCUAGAUUCACCAGUGUCUAUUCCUGACCCCAUCAAUUAUAGCUGCACUGUCAGCACCUCCAGAAUCUCCUACACUCCGUCUCUACCGAACCUUAAUGGAAGGUAAACCCUCUGCUGCACCGUUGGAGAUGAGUAUCAAUGCAGGUGUUUGGGGCGUUCAGAAUGCUAAUCCUGUCUCGGAGCUCUACGGACAAUUCCUUUGACCUCAUGGCUUGGUUUUUGCUCUGACAUACACCGUCAA